AUGGUCGACGAGUCGCAGCACGGGAGCAAGCGGUGCUUGGCCACGAUCAAGAAAGAGGAACGUGAUGCAACGACUACGAUCACGACAGCGACGGCGGCCGCCGCGGUUCUUUCCGGCACCGUUGCUACCUCGGUCGCGGCGUCGGGUGCCACCAUAAUUGCUGCCGUUACGCCGUCGGAUUCCAAAAUGUACCCUAUGUCGAUCUUUGGCUCUUUGAAGGUAAACAAGAACUCACGAACGCCGUACACCGACGCGACCAAGUGCAAGAAGUCAUCGGUGCACAUCAAGCGGCCUAUGAACGCGUUCAUGGUAUGGUCUCAGAUCGAACGCCGUAAGAUCUGCGAGAUGAGCCCGGAGAUGCACAACGCCGAGAUCAGCAAACAGCUCGGCCAUCGCUGGCGAAUGUUGAGCGGCGACGAGAAACGGCCCUUCAUAGAAGAGGCGGAACGGCUGCGCAUCUUGCAUUCGCAAGAGUACCCGGACUACAAGUACCGGCCGAGGAAAAAACCAAAAAAGGACCAACUAGUUAAGGCGUCCAGCUUUCAGAGCGCCGGUGCUGGCGCAGGCGUCGGAGGCACGGGUGGAAGCAGAAGCGGUGUCGGCGGUUGUGGCCCUCUCACCGGUCAUAGUAGUCUAGGCCAGAUGAAGCAGAUUCACGUCAGCGGCAUCUCGUCGGUGAACACUAGCACCGGCAGGAUCACGAAGGUGACGUGCAUUCCAGUUAGAACUAAAAGUGUGCUGGAACAUGGCGGCGGCGGCGGCGGCAUUUGCACUGUGCCGCCGCUGACUGCGGCGGCGUCCAACGUCUGCUCCUCUUUUAACGUUAAACAGGAGCUUGCCCACGGUUGGUGCAUGAACGAUAGGAACAAGGUGUAUCACAUGAUAAACGGCGGACCGUUUCUUUGCUCUGAUUCAGGUACAAAUUCACUUGCAGCUUAUUCGAAGGACAGAGAGCGAAUGAUUUCGCCGCUGCAGGGUUCGUCUCCGAGAGACAACCCACUGACUCCCGAAUCUGGAUUUUACGAUGACUUUUAUGGCGAGUCGCAGCAGUUGUCACUCAAUCCAACGCCCGCUAGCAUGUCAACGUUUUCGCCCCUGUCCCCGGACAUCUCUCUGUCUUCAGGUACGUCCCGUUUCGAUUCUUUGCAGGUUGGCACUGCCGAAGAAGAAUCCUGCUCUCUGAGCAGCGGCGGCAGCAAUCUCAGCGCACCACUAAGUGGAUCGAGUGCUCACGCUCAGUUCGACAGCCUUGCCGAUUUGCUGCCACCCCUUCAUGAUUAUCGCUUUAACACUGCUUUGAAUGACUGGGAAUCGUGGAGUGCAAACAUUUUGACUCCGGUGGCGCCAAUGGAUUCUCUGAACUAUCCGACGUCUAUCUGGUAA